AUGUCAGAGAAAGCGUCUGAAGAAAGACCUAUACGGCUGGCCGUUCUGGGGGGGUCAUCUACAGGGAAGACCUCGCUAGUAUCCAGACUGACUGUUGAUAUUGUCCAUGAAGUUCACUAUCCGACAAGAAAUCAAACUAAUUGGCUUUUUGACUUUGUUCCCUCAUCGGUCUUGGCAAGAGCUAUAUUAGACGAACAAGCGCAUGAAAGGCUGUACCUUCGUUCCCCAAGUAGUCAAACCUUAGAGCCUAUUUUUCCAUCUCCUGAAAUUUCUAAAAACGUAUUACUGUCACCAUUGGUAUUCCAGGCUUCCACAGAUAAUUUCCAAUCAGUAAGGUUACAAAACAAAAGUCAUGCCAGAAGAUCCCUAUCGUUAGACAAAUGUGACUCUUCAUUGUAUCAAACUCUCCAUAAUGAUGUUCACUAUAAAGAUGUUUCUAAGAACAAAACGAAUCGGUUUAAUGAUGUUAAUCACUUCAAGCUCCCUUUAAACUACAUUCCACCGACUUAUGCACCCAUCAAAAUUGAUAUCAUAGAUACACCCGGUUUUAGUCCUGAUAAUGUAGUGCCCUUUUUAGAAGUUUCUCUUUUUCGAAAUCUAGGCAAAUCUAUUCUGCAUGGGUUAGCAGACGAGCCAAGACAACCCGUAUCAACAACUUCAUUAUUAGUUGCCUCUGGCGCUUCUGAAUUAAAUGGUAAAAUUGACGGCUAUAUCUUGGUUUAUAGUGCGGUUCCUGAAUUAAAUCAUAUUGGAGGCCCUCCGGAAUAUGAAGAUGAAGUGUCGGAAAUAUAUACAGAGACAGUUAGUGAUGGUGGAUUUGAAUUACUUAAGGUUAUUAGAAAUUGCAUUUUAGAUGCCUGGACUGAAUUUCGAAAUUAUGAAAAAAGAUGGGAAGAAGGUAAGGAGGAUGAUAUAUAUUCAUUGGUUUACAGUUUGAGACAUCUAUGGAGCAAGAAUGGCAAAGAAAAGAGUGCUAAAUUAGAGCAAUUAAGAUCUUACAAUACCAAAUUAAAAUCCAUUGAAUUAGAUCCUUCAUCCCCCGAUUCACCACCUCCAUGCAUUAUCGUCUGUUCUCACGUUAAUCACGAAUUAGCCAGCCCAAUGUUAAUUGAAAUGGGAAGACAAUUAGCAACAACAUGGAAGUAUGGAUUUGUUGGCAUAGACAGCAUGGAUGAUUUGAAUGUUGACGUGGUCAUCAGUCUACUAAUCAAGGAAAUAUCGGAAAAGAUGAAGCUAUUAGUUUCUAAUUCCAAUGGAGGUGGUAGUAGCAAUCCAACUUCGAUUUACAAUUCUCAUUUGAUAAAUGACAAGAAGAGAAACAACCACACCGGUUUAAAUACCAGUAUGUUCAAGAAAAUUAUCAAAUAA